AUGGCAUCCAUUGCAAACAACCUAAACAAUCCACAUUUUGAUCAGGUAGUCAUAAUCCUCGAUUCUGCCACUGAGCUUUCCAAUUGUGAUCACUUUCGAUCCAAAAUGAAACAAUUUCAACGAAGGUUUCGACGCUGGAGCGACGACAACCAGAUUCAUGAUGUAUUAUUACCCAAAAACAAGAACAAGCCAAUUCUCACCUGCAUCGAUCGACCAGAAGGACAGCCAAGUUACUUUGACAUGUUCCGCUAUGCCAGCAAUCCAGACAUUGUUACCAGUGAGGUUGUCAUCAUGGGUAAUGCAGAUCAAGCAUUUGAUGACAGUGUCUCAUGGGCCAGCCUUAUCAAAAACCGCACACUGCUGACCUUGCCAACACAAGGAUACCAGCAAGAUAGAGCUCCACCCAGGGUUCAAGCAUUCUUUCAGUUUGCCUCCACUCAGGGUGUUUCCAAGCGGAAAUCCAAAACAGAGUCCGGGACUGUCAACAUUCCCAAUCGAUGUGCAAAAGCUACUACUUUAUCCUGGGAUAGCUACGUCUUUCCUCGUGCACUGUUGGAGGAAAAAAUCAGCGAGACCGCCUUUCAACGGGGAGUGCUCACAGGUCCCAAUGGCGAACCCAAUGGGAUGGCCUACUUUCCCAUGAAUAUGCAGGGAGCUGAGGAUGCGGCAUUGUGGGCCGUGACCAAAAAACUACGCAACAUUCAAGUUGCCUAUGGUUGUGAUAUCAUAAAAACGUGGCACUUUCAUGCUGCCCGCAAGAUGCAUCUGAGCGGCGGAAAGCAAAUCCAUUGGGACUGGCAGCAUCCAAUAACAAUCAGCGGCAAGGCGCACACCAGAGUGGAAUUCAACAACACUUUGCUGGUCCCCACUCCAUGGAGAAAGCCUCGCGAUGAGCUUGAUGACGCCUUUGUGAUCCAGCCUGCCGAGUUUAUGCAGCAAUAA